UUAAUUAUUAGUAAAAAAAAUUAGUCUUUUGCAGUAAUGUAUUAUGAAAUCCGCCCCCCCCAGCACUAAAUGCUAGCUCCGCCCCUGCCUGAGUGCGAGCACGAGAUGAAGAACGUCGCCGGUUUCAAUUUUGUAGUCCUUCCCGGUCUUGUCAUCCGCCAUCUGCUUUCCUUUGAAGAUCAGCCGCUGCUGGUUCGGCGGGAUUCCUUCCACCUCCUCCACUUUCACCUUUAUCCCUGCAACCGUGUCGUUCAAGUCCACGUCGACACCAAUCUCUUUCCCCGUCAGCGUCUUCACCUUGAUCAUCGUCCCUCCCCUGAGCCUCAGCACCAAGUGAAGCGUCGAUUCCUUCUGAAUGUUGUAAUCGGACAGAGUUCUGCCGUCUUCCAGCUGCUUCCCGGCGAAAAUCAGGCGCUGCUGAUCGGCCGGAAUCCCUUCCUUGUCCUGAAUCUUGGACUUCACAUUGUCCACGGUGUCGCUGCUCUCCACCUCCAGAGUAAUCGUCUUCCCAGUCAGCGUUUUCACGAAGACCUGCAUCUUUUCAGCUGCCGAUCGAACUUGACUACAGCUCGCCUCCUAUGGCUUUUGCUUAUGCAGGAGGGGGAGCUUUUGAGUAGCCUGGAUUUGCAAACACAGAUUGAAGGGCAGAUCUGUUUGGGAUGUGCCAGUGACAGCAGCGUGUUCGUGGAUAUGGAUUAUGGAGGAAGAGUAGGCAAUGCAUCGCUUCUCUAUUCAGAAGAUAUGACAUUCAGUUCGAGUGAGACGGCCUGUGGUGAACUGGUGGCAGGUCCUUUGGGGCAAGUAGUUUACCAUUCCGACAUCGAGUGAUAGCUUGGUUAGCUUAGUUGUUCUCAACCGAAUCGUGACAAAAGAUAAACUGAAGGCUUGGGGGAGAAUUACAGAUGAUUCGUGUGUUCACUGUGUUAAUGGUACUGCAAGUUGAGAUCUGUUCUCUGUGUUAAUGGUACUGCAAGUUGAGAUCAUAUAUUAUAUAGGUGUGUUCUUGUAGUAGAGCUAUGCUUGCUGCUGUAUUCAACAGUUUUAUGCAGGGCUGGCCGAGUACAUGGGAUGCUUUAUUGGUGAGAAUAUGUGCCAUUGAAAAGAAGGGAGGACCUGUGGGAAGAAUAUUUGCAGCAACAGAAUCUAUGGAGGUAUGAGAAAGGAUCAUAGCAUGCUGAUUUCACAGUUUAAGAAUGAGCUAUUAUUGUUGGUGAGUUUAGACUUGAGUUACAAAGUGUGGCUCAAUUUUGUAGGUUGCUUUGAUUGUUUUUGCUGGCUGUGAAUUGUGAUAAUGUGGACAGUUUGUCUAAGUUCAAUUUCUCUGGAGUUGAUGAGUGAUACGAAAUUCGAUAGGCGACUGUAGCAUUCCGAAACAUACAAGGUCCCCCAAACAAACAUGCGUUAACGAGACAGGGCACUACUCUCAACAUUCAACCAAGUAAAAAAGAAUCUUUGUCUAAAUUAAGGCUACAUCAAAGAUAUUCCAGGUAAACAUCAUGCACUAACACAAGUCAUGGCCCAGGGAUACUAACAGGAAAAGAAGCACUGAUUUUCAUUUUCACCAUUCUAAGAGAAUCACAAACUUUACUGUUAUGCUCCCUGCAAACUGAUUCAAAGAUUAAACUUGUGGCGAUUGAAAGAUCUCGAGUGAAAGAUGUUCAGCUCCUCGCUCGCCAAGUUCCUUAAUUUGGCUGGGUAUCAAGCUUCUGUUGUUUUGACUUCUGUUGGGCACUGAGAUACAUAUGGUUUGAGCUGAAACCCAAAUAAAAUAACAAAAUCUCCAUUAGCAAUCAGUCUGACCUCCAACGAUCAUGAAAUACUAAACUUGAGAGAUGAAAGGACAGCUAAAGGGAAAAUAUCCAAGUAAUAUGUAGAAUUGGUGAUAAAAAAAAAUACCAUCUUCAAAUGCUUCUAUCAGCAUCUAAUAGCUAUGGAUUGCACUGAUAGCUAGAGCAAGCUCUCAUGCAUUCGAAAUAAAGCAUUAUCUCGAUCUAAUUGUAACUCCUGUAAUGGGGAUCUCAUAGCCAGAACUUUCUGAUAACUUCGACUAGAAACAUACUACAUGUUUACCAAAGAAAGAAUAACUCAAAUAAGUAUACAUUACAUCAAUUACCAAAACUUAACUACUCUCAAACCAACCAACUUUAACGACUAGUCUCUGAAUAACCUAUAACAUAUUUACCAUGCAACCUUCUACCCCUUCUAUAGAAUUUGGAACAUCCAUACAUAAGUUUACCAAAGAAAUCAACAGCUGAGUUUGAGAAGUGACAGGAAAGAAACAGCAUGGAACUAAAUUUACAUCAUAUAGGGUACUGGCUGAAACAUCAUAUACAUUUGAAGCAACGAAACACUCCUAGAUCAUUAGGUUUCCAAGUACCAGCAAGGCCUAUCUUCCCAGCUCAAAAACCAAACAUUUCACUGUUAAUAUAUGAGAGUACUUAGAGCAGAAAAAAUUUACCAUGAAGUU